AUGGCGGGUGUCAAACGCAAGUUGGCAGCUACCAGAGAGCCUGCGGCUCCCAAGACCUCAAACCCUGCGUCUGCAGAAGCUUCACAAUCCACUCAGACCUCGCAGGAUGCACAAGAUGCUCCUGACGCCUCAAAUGAUGUUGCCAAUCCCAGAGUCACGCGUCUCGGGACACGCUCCACGGUGAUGCGUAAUGGCCGCCGGAGCCGUAUCGUCAUUCUCAGAGCUGGCGGUCGUGUUCUGCUGGACAUGAGUCAACAGAAUCCCCAGACCUCUCAGGCUCCUCAGGCUCCUCAGAUGACUCAGGCCACUCAGGCUUCCCCUCCUCUCUCUCUUGCAUCACAGGCCGCCACAGAGGCACAGGCCGAAGUACAGGAAGCGGAAGCAGCCAGAGCUUCAGAACCAGCUCAAGAGCACCAGUCCCAGCCCGAGGCCGAAGCAGAGCCAGAGAUCGACACUCCUCGGCCGAAGCGUGUCAGACGAACCGUUAUGCCCGACGAGUCACCUCGGACUGUCAGAAAGUCCAGGAGGCUGAACGGCCAACCCCUUGGCGCUGAUGCAGACGAGACUAUCGACUUGAAUCUCUCUCGGAGAAGUCCCCAAAAGAAUCCCAGAUCACGAAACAAUAGACGGGCACAGCAGCCAGUCAUUCAGCAGAAUGACAGCGUUAUCGAUGAAGCCCCAGAAAUCGCAGAAGAGCUACUCCAGCCUCAACAAUCUCAAAGCUCUCAUGCUGAACCGACCGAGGAAGCACCCGUGUCCCAAGCUGCCAACGAGAAUCGCACCCAACAACACUCUACUACCCCGACCAACACCAGCGAGACUGUACCGAUUGCACCUGUUGAAUCCGUCGUCGAACCAGGACCUGCCAGAGGUGAAGCCUCAGUACCCAAAGGAGACGACGUUCAUGCUCGAAACGCUGAACAGAGUACCACUGCGGAGAAGAACGAAGAGACGACCGACGACGACGUUAGACCGACAGAUCGCGACGGCGACAUCGCCAUGGACGACGCAGAUCCUGAUUUCACCGAACCCGAACCAAAGUCUGAAGAAGAAAAAGAAGAUCUCCCCGAGCCACGGUCGCACCAUCUCCUCCCAAACGGCAGUGGCAGCGUUCCCUCAGAGUCUGUGGCCGAGGUGGCCGGCGAAUCCACCGUUCCAAGCGAAUCACGCACCGCAACGGAAGACGUCGAGAUUUCCACCACCGAAGAUGUCUUGGCCAUCGCCGCUGCGACUGCUCGAGGCCGUGGCAGAGGCCGUGGUGGUCGCGUCACCCGAGCUCGAGGCCGAGGCGGCCGCAACCGGGGUGGUGCCCGGGGCCGGGGCCGGGGCGGUCGUGCUCGCGGGGGUGCGGCAACGCGGGAAUCAAGCGAGGUGAUCGAAAUAGACCCUGCAUUGAACCCGGCCAACACGGCUCUUGCCCAGAAGCUCCGCGAACGGCAGCGUGAACUGGACAAGACGUUCAAGAAGGUCGCCGCGGCCCAGCGGCUCGCUCUCAGCGUUCUGGCCACGCAUUCGCACCGGCGCCUUGCUCGAGAUAAGAACGCCCACAAGAACGUCCCGGAGUACGACGAGGUGAACCAGGCCCUCAGAGAACACCUUCGAGCCAAAGAAAACGCCCUGCGUCACGAAUACGAGCUCAAGGUUGAGCAGGAGAAUCGACUGUACCAAGCAUAUACGGCGGAGAUUCAACAGCAUUUCAGGGAUGUGGCCCAGCAUAUUCACCAGGAACACCUGCUCGCGGCUCAAGGAGAUUACAUGGCAUUUGUUGGAGGCCGUCAAGCUGCAGAAGACGAUGAACACACAGAGACCGACGAAUCCGACUCCGAAGUUGAACGCGGUAUCUUCUCCCAUCUGAGGAAGGAGUUUGUCCGUGGUUACAACUCUUCCUUUGUACGUGCCCUCCCUGGCGCGGCCGCCCACGAGCGUGCCAAGACCGGCUGGGAAGACUUCGUCCAACGCGCCAAGCUCGGCGGUGAUCUCAACCCGCAGAUGAAGGAGAUGAGCCAAGAGGGGGAUGCCGCCUCUGCCUCUGCCCCCGCCUCAACCUUCGCCUCCGCCUCCGCCUCCGUGGUGGCCCCCAUCUCCGACCGUCCAGCCAUGGCCUCGGCAGCAAUCAACCUGCUGCUCGAGGCCAUGAGCGCGCUGGACCAGGUGCCCGACACAGCGGCGUUAAACGUCCUGGCCGACCUGGCCAUGGGGGGGGAGUCGAGCAAUGCUCCUCCCCCCCCCGGCCUACCACCUGUGAUGACGACACCUGCUGCUGCUGCUGGUGGUGCUACCCAUCGCACCAUUCUGCCCCAACCGGCACCUCAGCAACAACCGCAGCAGCAGCAGGUGUCGUCCCCGCUGAUCCCCCCGGGGCCAACCGACCCUCGCUCAUUUCUUCUCCCCCGCCCGGCCCCGGGGGGACCACAACAAGGGGGGCAGGGGCAACAGCAACAGCACCGGCGUCUCCUUCCAGCCGGUCAGCCCCUGCCCCCCAUCACCGACAAGCCGGGGCGGCUGGAUCCCUUCGGGGGGUUUAACGGCCCCCCCCAGCUGCCCCCGCCGCCGGGGUCGAACUUCCAGCGGCCGCCGAUGCCGGGCUACCUGCCUGGAGGCCCGCCGCCGCCCCCGCCGCAGAUGUAUCAUCCCUACGCGGCUCCUCCUCCUCCUCCUCCUCCUCCUCCUCCUGCUCCUCCUCGCAACCCAUACCAGUGA